AUGACACUCAGCAGGAAACCGAUAUUCGGGAUAUCGUCCAGGCCAGACCCCAGCACACUGCCCCACGCAGGAGCGCAGCGCACGGCCCGCGUGGGCACGCGCCCGCGCACAAGAGCCUCCACCGUGUCUGCGACUCAGCCUCCGUGCCGGGCCGAGACUGUCCAAGGCAGCAAACAGCGAUCGCAGUCUGUGCCGAACUUCGAUGUGACCGAUCUGAUGGACGCCUUGGUGUUCCUGGAGCCCACGCCGGUGUUCCCGCCGUCUUACAGCACGCUGGCGCCGGGCAAGCCGAAGCCGGUGUACUCGAACCCAGAUGAGGGGCACGAGCCGCUGCCGGACUACCUUCCGACGGUGUACAAGAUCACGACGCUGUCGCGCAAGCUGGAGUGGAUCUCGCCGUACGAGCUCGCGCCGCAGCGGCAGUGGCGGUCGGUGAUUGUCGAGCUCAACUCGACACAGCUCAACAUUUACAAUAGAGACGCUGCGCCCCGGCCGGCAGGCUGUGUGUCGGCAGACGACGAGAGACUGUACAAGUCGCGGCUCACAACGUCGCACGACUUGCGCGACAAGGCGCUGUUUGCGCAGCAGGGCCUGCUCGCGCCCGACAACCUGGUGCGCUCGUACUCGUUGCAGUACGCCAAGGUCGGCAUAGCGACCGACUACAAGAAGAAAAAACACACGUUGCGGCUGCGCGCCGAGACGGAGCAGUUUCUGCUGGAGUUCCCGACCGUCGAGAGCAUGAUCGAGUGGUACUGCUGCCUGAAUCUCGGGAUCGACAACUCGCUCGACCUGACCCGCCGCGAAAUGCCGAAGUAUCGAACCGUGCCGCGGCGCCGGCGACGCAACAGACACCCGGGCGACUCGCUGAUGGUCGGGUGCAGACGGCGGCCGUCGCUCGGGAUGUUCCGGCGGCGCACAAGCUCGGCAGACCUGUCGUCGCUGGUGUCGAGGUGGAAACGCAAGUUUUCGAUGGCGGGCUCGAGGCCGGCGGAGGUGCGGCACGACGAGCCUUACGUGGUGUUUUCGGACGUGUCUGACCACGAGCCGCUGUCGCUGGAGUCGCCUGCGAACGAGAGUGCCGACGAGGCCGAGCCGGACGACGAGAGCGACCAUCUCGACGCGACGUUCGAGGACGACGGCGACGACGGCGGUUCGCCGACAACGGAGGAGUACGAGUACACGCAGCACGCGCGCCACAGCUCCGACGCGACGCUCGUGACGCUGUUGUCGGCGUCGUCCGCCGAGGCCGAGGCCGAAGCGAUGCCCGAGCCGACUCCGGUGCUGUCGACGCCGUCGUCGCUGUCGAACGGACUGAGCAGCUCCCCCACGUUGCAACAGCGGGCCACACCAUCGACCUCGGUGUCCAGCUCGAGCCUCUCUGCGUUGCCCGAGAAGGAGGUGCGUCUGCAGUAUAAGUGGGGGACCGACCUGCGGCUACCGUCGCGGCGCAAGAUCCUGCGCGACUCGAUCCGGUGCAUGACGACGCUGACGGCGAACGAGCGCUGGGCAGGCAAGUACGUUGUGCGCGACGCUGCGUCGAUGGACCUCGCCUUGAAAUCAGGGGGUGCCAGUUUCUACUCCCCAGACUACACGAUCCCGCACCAGCAGGUGGGGCGCUACUUUGCCGGAGGCCGCGUCGGGGCCGCCAUGCGUCGCCCGCAGGGGCUCGAGCGACGGCUCCAGGAGUAUGUGGUCAGCCCGUGCGGUCUGAUCCCCAGGAUCAACGAGGGCUCGCAGCCCUGA